AUGGAUCCGCUGUCCCAGGCCUUCGUGCCAGCUCUUCGCGGCCCCAGCGUUGCGGUGAGUCGGGAAGCGGUUGUGACCAGGGUCGGUCGCAGCCAAGAUGGGGCUCCAUCAUCGGCGCCUCGUACCUCUCACCUAGCCAUCGCCUGCCUGGCGGUCCCUGCGGCCAAGGUCGCAGGUGCAAGGCACGCGAGAAGUCGCCGCCGGGUUGCCCGCCUGGCGGCGGCCUCGGCCUCGUCGGAUGUUCCGACGGAGCGGGAGCGCUACACGGAUGCGGCCUGGCAGGCGAUGCAGGAUGCGCCCGGCUUCGCACAGCAGUGCCAGUCCCAGUAUGUCGAGCCGGAGCACGUGUUUCUUGCUGCUUUGGAGCAGCCAGUCUCAACAACAGGUGGGCUAGCUGCCCGCAUACUGGAGAAGCUGGGCGUGCAGAAGCCUGUUGCUGUCUCCCGGAUUAUGGAGUGGAGCGACAAGCAGCCCAAGGUGACUUCACCUGGCGGCUCCAUGGGCAAUGCCGCCGGCCGGAGCCUUGUGACCAUGCUGCUUGGCGCUUCAUUUGCAGCAAAUAAGUGGGGUGACAAGUUCAUCUCAGUUGAGCACUUGGUUUUUGCCUUCUGCAAGGACCGAAUCGAAACGGGGUACUUGCAUGAGGUUUGGGUGCGAGAACUGCUUGAGCUCAUCGCCUCUGCUCUCUGCUUUAGCAUCCGUCCCCGUGCCGUGAGGACACUCGCUUUGGACAGCGAUUCUUUUCAGAUUUCGGAUGUGACGAAGCCAAAGUCAAAGAAGCUAUCGAGUCAGUUCGAGGCUCCAGCAGAGCCGCCCGACGGAGUCACAUCGCAGAACCCUGAGAGCACCUAUGAAGCUUUGGAACUGUAUGGGACGGACCUCACCACCAUGGCGCGUGAGGGACGCCUAGAUCCCGUGAUCGGCAGGGAUGAAGAGAUCCGUCGAGUCAUCCAGAUCCUGGCACGUCGAUCGAAGAACAACCCUGUGAUCAUCGGCGAACCCGGCGUCGGCAAGACGGCCAUCGUAGAGGGCCUUGCCCGCCGCAUUGUGGACGGCGACGUCCCGCAGACGCUCCAAGACAAGCAGGUGAUCUCUCUGGACAUCGGUGGCAUGGUGGCUGGCGCAAAGUAUCGAGGUGAGUUCGAGGAGCGCUUGAAGGCAGUUCUGAAAGAAAUCAAGGAAGCCGAUGGGAAGAUCAUCUCUUUCAUCGACGAAAUCCACACCAUCGUCGGCGCUGGUGCAUCAGGUGGUGCCAUGGAUGCGAGCAACCUCCUCAAGCCCCUGCUGGCCCGCGGGGAGUUGCGGUGCGUGGGAGCAACCACUUUGGAUGAGUACCGCCAGUACAUCGAGAAGGAUGCGGCCUUGGAGCGGCGCUUUCAGCAGGUCUUGGUGCAGGAGCCGAAAGUCCCGGAUGCGGUCAGCAUCCUGCGAGGUCUGAAGCCCCGGUAUGAGCUGCACCAUGGCGUUCGGAUCUCCGACCGGGCCGUCGUCGCAGCCGCAGUUCUCAGCGACCGGUAUGUCACCGAUCGGUUCCUGCCCGACAAAGCGAUUGACCUCAUGGACGAAGCCUCGGCCAAGGUCAAGAUGGAGGUCACCUCGAAGCCGGCAGAGUUGGAACGGCUGGACCGGAAGAUUCUUCAGCUUGAGAUGGAACGCCUCAGCGUCGGCGAUGACAAGGACAGUCAGUCAGUGGCUCGCUUGAAUGACAUUGAAGGGGAGCUCGAGAGGCUGCGAUCUGAGCAGGGUGAGCGGGAGGAGAAGUGGCAGGCAGAGCGUGAAUCUGUGAACUCCCUCCAAGACUUGCGUCAGAAGAUCGAGGAUCUGGAGCGCGCGCUGGCGGAGGCCGAGCGUGAGAUGAACUUGCAACGCGCAGGCGAGAUCAAGUUUGGUGAGCUGGCUACUGCCAAGAAGCAGCUUGAGGAGCGCGAAGCCGAAGCGGCUGACACAGAGGAGGAUAGCGCCGAGCUGGUCAACGAGCGCGACAUCCAGGAGAUUGUCUCCAUGCAAACAGGCAUUCCUGUGGAGAAGAUGUCGAUGGGCGACCGCCAGCGGCUCUUGAAUCUGGAGGACCAGCUCCACAAGCGCCUCAUUGGCCAGGAUGAUGCCGUUAAGGCUCUGGCAGAGGCGAUCCAGCGAUCUCGCUAUGGCUUGGCAGAUCCGAACCGGCCAAUCGCCUCGUGCCUCUUCCUGGGGCCCACUGGCGUGGGCAAGACAGAGCUCGCGAAGGCGCUGGCAGAGUGGUUGUUUGACUCAGAGGAGUCUAUGAUACGGGUGGACAUGUCCGAAUACAUGGAGAAGUUCGCGGUGUCGCGGCUGACCGGUGCCCCGCCGGGCUACGUCGGCUAUGAGGAGGGGGGGCAGCUCACCGAGCCAGUCAGGCGCCGGCCAUACUGCGUUCUCCUCUUCGACGAGAUGGAGAAAGCUCACCCGGAUGUAUUCAACCUUUUGCUCCAGAUUUUGGAUGAUGGGCGCUGUACUGAUUCGCAAGGGCGCACAGUGGAUUUCAAGAACACAGUCAUUAUCAUGACAUCGAACGUCGGCAGCGACGCGAUCGCAGAGCUGGGUGCCCGAACCUCAGCUUUGAUGCACAGAGCACCACGGGCAUGGGAGGUGACGGAGGCAGUCCGGGCCGCGAUGGCUGACGUCUUUCGACCCGAGUUCCUGAACCGGAUUGACGAGACCAUCAUCUUCCGGCCUCUGAACAAGAAAGACUUGCGUGAAAUCGCCAAGCUGCAGCUGGACAGAGUGCAGAAGAGACUGGAAGACAGGACGGGCGCGCAGGCAGUAAUUAAGAGAUGCUGCUUUCAAUCUACUGAAUUCGCGGAUUCAUUUUAG